CGACGAUGGUGGUGUCGCGCAAAAACCCAGUCGCUGCCCCGGCGGUGGCAUCACGCUCAAACUCUUCACAACCCACACCGCGAAGACAGACCAAGGAACAGAACACAACGUCCAAACCCAGCCCGUCGCCGCAGAAACAACCGAGCCGGCGCACACGACGGCCACCAAAGAAUGGCUCCUCUUUCUUCGACAAACUCUUCCUCUUCUCACUUUUUGCAUUCACUCUAUACGCUGCCGUCGUCUGCCCUCAGCAUCUUCAAAGUCCGACACCCGAUGCCCUCUCCACUCCUGUCACAUGUCGCGCCCUCUACUCGUACCGGAAACACAUCCUCGACCCUUAUGUCCUUCCUCCCCUCAAAACCGCCUACAACUCUCCCGUCAUCCAACAAUACGCUAAACCCAUAGUCGAAAAAACAUACACAGUCGACAACGCAGUCCGGCCCAAGGUCGUCAAGUCGUACAGAACAGUCAAAGGCGUCCUCGUUCCUUGGUACACAAGAGCCUUUUUGCCGCGUUGGAACCAAUAUGUUGCCCCCAGGCUCGAAAAAGGUUGGAAGGAAGGUGUAGAGAAGCCACUGCGACCGUAUUUCUACACCAUCCAUGUCCACUCCACAAAGGUCCAGCGAGAAUUGCACGCGCAUCUUCGCCGUGCUGAAGACGCAAUUUUGCCCUAUUGGAAAGCGGCCCAACCACACUUGGCUCGUGUCUACGCCAUUCUUAUCGACCUUUGGGUGAAAAUACAGCCCUAUGCCCGCACCGCCUUCGCUACAAGCCAGAAGGUCGCUGGCGAGGUUUGGGUCAAGGCAAAGCCUAUCAUUGCCACCUCGGCCGAACAAGCGCAGGUCUACGCAAAGUUGGGUGCGAAGGGUGCCAUUGAGGCCAGGAGGAGAUAUGUUGACCCUCACAUCCAAAAGAUUUUGGAAAAGGUUGACGGAAACGCGAGUUCCUCUUCCUUUGUUUCAGCAGCCUCGACCAGCCCCGAAGCCACACCCCACCCCGACCCAACUUAUCCUUCCGACGCGGAACCGACUCCCACUGAAGACGUCGAGGAAGUGGCUUCUUCAACUGUGAUCCUCGAAGAAAUCCCCAACACGGAUGAAAGCACCCCUGUUCAAGUUGUCGUCGAGCCUGCAUCCUCCUCUGCCGAGCAGGUUUCAGUCACUGUCGAGACGCCGGAGGCUUCUUCAGCCUCCCCGCCCGAGGCAACUCCCGAAGAGGAUGUUGCUCAAGAAGAGCCGACCCUUGAUGUUCCCGUCACCCCCGCUUCGGAGUCUCCUUCUCCCACUCCCACCGUCAACCCCGCAGUCGAGGAAGAAUUGCGAGCGAUCAGUGUCGCUCAGGAAAGCGCUGAGGCUGCUUUCACCCCCGGAACCCCGGAUCCUGAUGUCAAUGUCCAGGAAGCCUUGGCUGCUCCCAGUGGGCCCGCCAAAGACCUCGAAGAAGAGAUCAAGGAACGCCUGGCUGAAGAAACCGUUCCAGCUGGAGGAGUCGCUGCCAAGAGCACCCCCGAUAUCGAACUUGACGACUUCCUCUCCGAACUCGGUGUCGAAUUCUCUGAUUCGAACGAGUCGGAAACAGCCCCUAAGGUGGCUGCUGAGCAAGAAAACGCUACGCCGCCUCGUGAACCUACUCCGGAGGAGUCACUGGCCGCUAUUGCUGCUAAACGCGCCGACAUUGUUGGACGACAUGUUGAAUGGCAACGCAAGCUCGACGAGCUUGUUCCCAUUCAGGCGAGGCGAGUGUACAUCGAGAUCGAUGGUGUCAGGGAAUGGGCUGUCUCAGAGUUGGGCGAGGCGUUUGCUGAUCAGGAUUUGAAGAAGCACAAGGCUCAACUCAAGAAAGUCGAUGGACUUCCUGAAUCCAGGUACCGACCUCUCCCCGACCAGCCCAGUGGUAACGGAUUGGGCAAUAAGGUGUUGGAAGGCCUUAACAAGCAAGGCGAGCGAUUUGUCCGCGGUCUCGAGACCUAUGUUGGAAGCUUGGAAGCUAGGAGGAAUGCAUGGGUUCGACCUGUUUCCGGAGAGGAGACUCCCGAACAGCAAAAGAAGCGUCAGCAAACCAUGGAUUCGGAAACUAACAAGUGGACUGCGGUCGUUGACAAGGUCGAGGCCAAGUUUGAGAAGAUGGUUACCGAUGUGCAGGGAGAGGUCCAUACAUGGUAUUUGGGCGUGCGAGGACGUGAAGCCGAGAUUAUUGAGGAGGCUGCUGAAUCGAUCAAGAAGUUGGCCGAACGUGCUCAAGCUGAUAUUGCUAUGGAUUAUGCAUGGUUGGAGGAUGUCUCGACCAAGGAUUGGGCUAAAUACCAUGAAUUGAUGACUACUUAUGAAGACUUCCAACAAACCGCCCUCGCGAUUCAAAACGGCACCUACGUCCCAUCUGACAUCUUUACUCCCGACACUUCGCUCCAAGAAGCCAGUCUCGCACCCAACUAUGACCCGCUCAUCUACGCGCUCAACAACCUCCAAGCUGAAUUCGACGAUAUCGUUACCGGCUUCAGGUUGGCUGUUUCCAAAGUGAAGAAGAGGGCUGCGAAUGUCUUGUCGGACUCGCCUUCCAUUUCGGAGGACGAAGGACCUGAUGGGUACUUUGCUGUUAAGCAUGAGAAGGGUGAGAGGGUGGAUGAUAUGAGGGAGUAUUUGAAGGAGAAGGAGAGGCAGCAGUUGAAGGAGCAGGUGCGAUCUGGAGAGCAGCCGCAGGUUUCGAUUUUGCCUAUUGGUGGUGGUGGAUCGGGUGCGGGUGUGGGAGUUGGAGAUGACUCGAGGGUGGUGGUUGGGAAGGAUCCCAAAGUUGUUGCGGAGGCGUUGAAGGAUCAACCUGUUGUGCACCGUGAGGAACUGUAAUAGUGGACUGAUUGUUCGUCGUGGGUUUAUUUAUUUGAUUAAACUAUGUACAUAUUUGAUUCUCUCGAGGUAGUUUGUAGGUAGAGCUCUUGAUGAUCACGUACGUUGCCUAACGUGGGCUGGCGGGUUGUCCGAGCCACUACAUACAUAUUUACUGCAUGCGUUCUUUACACGAUAGACUUUAUUAUCAUCCUUGUUUUUUUCCGUGGCUGUUGUAGUUAUGUUACUCUCGAGUCUGUGACGCUAUUUUUUGUUCUACUUAUUGUCGGAAAAUUCUAAUCGGUCCCGUGCAACUGGA